CAGUUCUGCGAUGAGAGUUGCUGUUGGGGCCGUUUGAGAAGGCGGCGGCGGUUCUGCGUACUGGGCUCCAGAUGGAAUCAUCACCGAAUUCCGGGUCGAGGCUCUGCUGUAAGCCUGGUGGGCGACUGGACAUGAGCCACGGCUUCGUUCAUCAUAUUCGACGGAACCAGAUCGCCCGGGAUGACUACGACAAGAAGGUGAAGCAGGCGGCCAAGGAGAAGGCGAGAAGGCGGCACACGGCCGCGCCGACGCGGCCCCGCAGGCCCGACCUGCAGGUGUACCUGCCGCGACACCGAGAUGGCUCUGCUCACCCCAGCAGCCGAGACUGUGAGGAGUCUGGGGAAAGCAGCAGCAGUGGCAGCUCCGAACCAGAGCCUUCUGGCCAUCAGCUCUUCUGCCUAGAGUAUGAGGCAGACAGCGGAGAGGUCACAUCUGUUAUCGUGUAUCAGGACGAUGAUCCAGGAAGGGUGAGUGAAGAGGUGUCAGCACACACGCCUCUGGAGCCACCCAUGCAAGAAGCCCUCAAGUUGCGUAUCCAAGAGGAGAUUGCAAAGCGCCAGAACAGACACUGACCAGGUUGAAGGCAUUCUCUCCAAACCGGAUUCACUGCCCAGGGGAUUCAGCCCUACUUUGGGGGUGCAGGAACAGACUGGGCUGAUCUUGAGUUGAGACACCACCCACCUCCCCAAGCAGCCACAUUCACAGGAAAAGGAUGGUGCGGGAACUGUCGCUGGCUACCUCCCUUACAACCAGUCUUUCUAGGUGCUGGCCCAUUCGAUCAGGCUAUCUUUUGAGAGUUUUGUUUAGCUAGUGUUCUGGGUGCAAAGACACCUGAGACAAUAAGGUUUACAGAGCCAUGUGCCACCGUGUUGCUUUUUUGCUGAGGUCUUGUGUUGGGGUGGGUCUUUCUGAGGUCCUGUGUUGGGAUACCUGGCCAGUGCUCUUUCAUCCAGCUCUAUGAACCAUACUUGUUAUUUCAGGUUUCUGUUCACCUCUGGUGUUCAUUUCCAUCCAUGGUUUCCUGUGUAUUCCUUCCCUUCUGUUUCUUUGUUCUCCCCUUUAUCUUUUGGUCUUUUAACCCGCCAGUUCUACCCACUCACUCUGAACAUCCAAUUACUCCAGGACAGGGGGAUGGAGGGGGAGGGGAGAGUGGCAGCAGGAGGUCUACAUCUCCCAGUAAUUCCCAUAUGAGUAAACUGGGAGAUCUUCAUUCUUGAAGCCUACUUUGCAAGCAUGUCUUCCCCUUCCAAAGCUUUUGCAAGUUUCUUCUGCUACACAAGGCUUUGCACUGUCUAGGCAAGGAGACCUAGGAAGAUGAUGGAAAUAAACUGCAAGAAAUUCUUGCAGCAAAUAUUUAGGGCUACAGAAUUCUAGCUUUAUACCUCAUACCUGUGUCCAGACAGGUCAUUCUCUGGUUAACUGGGAAUUAUCAGAUCAAACUAGAUUGACUUCAAGUAUGAUUUGUUUAAAACAUAGGAAGAGUUCAACAUUAGCAAUAAUUGCCUAUUUGGACCCCUAGGUCUAUAUGAUAUAUGGGACAGUACCCCGGAGUGGGGGAAAUUGAAAUGAGCCUGUCUUAUCUGCCCAUCACCAGCACCAUUUUUUCUCCUUUCCUGCCUCUAAGUGGUAUAUAAAAUCCUACAGAGACCAGAGUGAUAGCACAGUAUGUAGGUUGUUUGCCUUGCAUGCGAUCCACCCAGGUUCAGUCCCUGCAUUUCAUAUGAUCCUCAAGUACCACCAGAAGUAAUUCCUGAGCACAGAGCUAAGAGUAACCCCUGAGCAUCACCAGAUGUGGCCCCAAAGACAACAAAAAGAUAUAUAAAACCUAGAUCUUUAACCUAAACAUCCCCAGAAAUAUCACCAUUUUCACAUAGAGGAACGUUUGUAUUGAUGCAGGGUUAGACCAAGAUCUAUUUUAGAAUUUUACAAGAAAACCUAUAUUCUAAAAUUCCAAGUCAUUUCAGUUUUCCAGCAGAUGGGCCUAACUGAUACAAACUAUGGGUUUAUGUGGAUUUGUGAGCAGUGAGUGAGACUUCUGGAAGCCAAAGUUCUGUGCCCCAGGGGUUUCUCCAUGUCAGGGUCUCAUGCUCAGUCUGAUUAUAACAUCUCAACUUUCAUCUUACAAGGUAUUUGUGAGCCGUGCCAUACAUCUCUGAAAAUCUUACACCCCAGAAAUGGGGUGAGGGACCUAUUUAAACGACAUCAUUAGAAUACAGUAAGCCAGGCCAGGGAACUCAUUCAAGUGGUAAAGCACCUGCUUGUUAGGCAAAAGGGUAGUCAGAUGCUCCCGGCCAACAGAGCCUGUCUGAUGCUAAAUGCCUUAAAUGUAAACAAUGGUAAGCUCUUGUCUCUUUUCAAAGGGAAAAGUCUUCCCUGUACUUAUCCAGCCAGGCUAGAAGUGCCUUUUAACUUGCAAUGUUAUUACCCUCCAGAGCCUCCUGAGCCCAGGAGAUUGUGCCAUUCUCCAUCCCCAGUCUCUGGCUGGGAGGACCAAUCAUUUCAGUUCUUCGGCUUAUCUUCUGACUUGAACGUAAGAUUUUACCAGAACUCUUAGGCUUCUGAGUCUGGAAAUACUUUUUGGGUUCAUCACACAGCCAAAUUGCCUAUUUCCUAAUUGUUCUAUAGAAUGUAGAAAGGACCAGAAGAGGAAGCUAGGACAUGGCCCCUGAAAUUUUAACCUCCUUUCCUGUUUCAUGAGAAGGGAAGUGUGUAAUGAUCGUGUCUUUUUAUGUGCCUCUCAUAUAACCCUCUCAGGUUAGAGACUGGUAGGAACCCCUUGUUUGCAAAUAUUUUGUCUUGAGCCACUUUAUCAGCUACAUGUAAAAUACUUCUCACCCCAGAAAGCAUUCUAAUUCUUACCUAAUUUAUGCAGUAUGGACUCGAAAAAGUGUCAAGUCUGGUGCUUAAAUAAGAGAUUGUCUUGGACCAGGGAGGUAGUCCAGAGGCUGGUGUUCAUGCUUGGAAUGCGGGGCCGUGGGUCCAGCAUCACAUGGCCUCCCAGCACUGUGGGUGGGACCCACAAAACAAGAACGAGAGAGGUCGUCCUUCGGGACUGACCUCUUACCGAUUACUGUUGCUCUUCCACACAUACUUGAAAUGCUUGCCUAGGGAUGGCCCUCAUCUCCUUGACAGCUUUUUAGCUCUAGCUCAUGACUUCCUGCAACCCUUCAUCUGGAGUCCAAGAUGGUACAAUCCAGUUACUCACCAGAUGUGCCUCCACUCAUCUUUCAGUUUUUUUAAAAAAUGGUGCUUUUGCUGUUAAGGAACACAUUCCAAAGUGUUUUCCACAGGCCCAAGAGAUGUCUCAGUGAGCCUGCCCUGUGCUGCUUGGGGCAACUGUGGGAGUAGCUGGACCUUUCUAGUGGCUACUUUGGAAUCAAUUCACACUUGACUAGACAUAUUUGUAGCUGUCUAUAUAUAUAUGCCAACUAGCUGAUAGAGGCAUGGGUGUGGGGGUGUAAUUUCCUAGAUCCUGCAGUGUGUAG